UCGUUUUUAAUCUUUAGUUCUUUCUUAGGUUGUUUAGCUAGAUUGUUUACCACUCUUACUGAAACAGGUGAUUUCACUUUACUUUUGAAUUUCGGAGCCGGUACUUUACUUAAUGGGAUCUUAUCUUUACAAAUGAUUUCUUAUUGGAAUGAAUCUUCAACUAAUCCGUUUCCUCAACUUGAUUCCUUUGAUUCAAUCGAAUUAUCUCAUUCUACUUCGAUCUCUUCUUCUGAUCAUUCUCCAAUCAAAAGAUUUAAUUCAAAUCAUUCUAAUCUUUCUCAUCCUAGAAUCAAUUUAAACAAACCAAAACAAUGGACACGUAAAGCAGAUUAAACUCUUCGUUUUCUUCUUCUUACCUUUUGGUCUUUCUAUUCAUAAAUCAAAUUAAUUCUUUCUUUCUUUCAUUUUUUUGUUUUUUUUCGGUGAUUUGAUUUGGUUUUUAUGUUAGAUUUUUUUUGGGGUGGGGCGGUAGAGAGGUGUGAUUUUCAAUAAUUUAGUAUGAUUUUAAAUUGAUUCAUCGUUUAAUGAUGAUUUAAUUUUCGAAAAUCAAAAUUGGAUAACACUUUUUGUUUUUGUUUUCUUCUUCCAAAGUGGAUUUUAAAGAUCGUUAAAGUUGUAAAUGUUUUGUUUUAGAAGACAGAAAGAAAGAAAGAAAAAAAGAAAUCUAAUGAUGAUUCCCACCACAAAAAAAAACUUAAGAAGAACAAAUUAGACUUCAAGAUUGUUUGUUUUAUAUUUAUGAUAUCUUUCAUUAAACCAAACCAAUUAGAAUAAAAAAAAUCGAUACCUUUUCUCGUGUGUGUGUGUGUUUUUCAUUUAUAGAAAUUUGUUUCGUAGAUGUUUUGUAUGUUCUUUUGUUGCCUGCCUAGAUGAAAUGUGAUUUUAUUUUAAAGC